AUGGCUUAUGCCCCGUCCGAGCCGUUUAUCCUUACAGGAGGAUGCUUCUGCAAAGCCAUUCGCUACACCAUCAACGUUCCGCAACGGGAGGAUCGUCCUAUCCUCCCAGGAGCGGUGGACACGCGCCUGCCACCGCUCCCGGGGCAACACAAGCACGACGAUGACAGACGAAGCCAGCCCCGCGUUCCCACCACAUUCCCAUUAAUUGGCUUCGAUCAUUGCUCAGACUGUCGCCAUGCUGCGGGAACCGUCGUGCAGGCCUGGUGCAUUUCCCCGCACAGUUGGGUGGAAUGGACCGUUCUUCCGUUGCACAAGAAUGAUGCUGGAGAAGGAGAUGUAGCCAAACCGCCCAUUCACCUCACAACUUUGGAAGCCUGCGCAUCCGACGGAAAAUCUUCCGUGUGCCAUGAGACGUAUAUUUCUCAUUAUAAGUCGUCUCGCGAUGUCACCCGGAGCUUUUGCUCCCGAUGUGGGACAACCCUGACUUAUUAUUUCGAAAGACCGGCGUCAUCGCCUAUUUCACCACUGAUCGAUAUAACCAUGGGCAGUCUGGAUGAGGAGAGUCUCGAAAAGAUUCAUCCUGAACGCCAGGUGUGGUGGGAUUCUGGGAUUGGGUGGAUGAAGGGAAUUAUGACGUGGGGAGAUGGGGGGGUAAUGAGACAUGCAAAGGGGACAUUGACGGAUGAAAUAGCGUCAGGCUGA